UUCCGGUUCCGGGCUCCGAGACACGAGGACGGGUGUCAGAGCUACCAGGAAAAUGCGGCCUUUAACUGAAGAGGAGACCCGUGUGAUGUUUGAGAAAAUCGCAAAAUACAUCGGGGAGAAUCUUCAGCUGCUGGUUGACAGGCCCGACGGCACCUACUGUUUUAGGCUGCACAACGACCGGGUGUACUACGUGAGUGAGAAGAUGCUGAAGCUGGCCGCCAAUAUCUCCGGGGACAAGCUGGUGUCCCUGGGGACAUGCUUCGGAAAGUUCACCAAGACCCACAAGUUCCGGCUGCACGUAACGGCCCUGGACUUCCUGGCACCUUAUGCCAAGUACAAAGUGUGGAUAAAGCCUGGAGCAGAGCAGUCCUUCCUCUAUGGAAACCAUGUAUUGAAAUCCGGUCUGGGCCGGAUCACUGAAAACACUUCUCAGUACCAGGGAGUGGUGGUAUACUCCAUGGCAGACGUCCCUCUGGGUUUUGGGGUUGCAGCAAAGUCUACACAAGACUGCAGGAAAGUAGACCCCAUGGCGAUUGUGGUAUUUCAUCAAGCAGACGUUGGGGAAUACAUAAGGCAUGAAGAGACACUGACUUAAAGUGAAGUUGUCACAAGGACCUAACAGCUGUGUGGAACGGCCUCGCUUGGUUUCCUGUGUCUGCAGAUGCCUCCAUCGUGUGGAAUUUUGUCACCACUGCGACUUCUAUGAGGACUUCUUAAUAUUAUCACUAACAAGUGCAGGCUGGAUUCUUACUAUGCAGAAAUGCCUCAGAAAUGUAGUUUCAGAUCUAUUUGUGACUAAAUAGAAUACUCUUAUUCUAUAUUUGAAUCAUUUUUACAUUUGAAUCAGGCGUUCUUGUUCUUAAUGAUAGGUUCUAAAUCAUUAGAACCAAGGACAAGAAUCGCUUAUUAUUGUUAUCUGUGAUAACAUUUUUAGCCAGACUCGUGAUAAGCACACAGUGGACUUUCUUUUUUGUGACUAUCAUGAAAGAUAAGAAUCAGGCUGGGCAUGAUGGCUCCUGCUUGUAAUCCCAGCACAGGGAGGCUGAAACAGGAGGAUCAAUGUGAGUUCAAAGGCUAGCAGGAGCUAUAUAUAGGGAGAACCUGUCUCAAA